GCACGCAUGCGCUCUCGGUUUGCACCCGGUAGCGGUCAACUAUGACAAACCGCGGCUCGACCAGCAGUCGAGGGGUCUUUGUUUGUGCGGUUCGAAUCGCGUUUGACACGAUGAAACUGCUGCUGUUCUUGGGCCUGGUGGUUGCGGCCUCUUGCUCCAGCAAUGUCGCAAACGGACCAAAAGUCACGGACAAGGUAUGGUUCGAUAUAAGAAUUGGUGAUAAGGACAUCGGCCGAGUUGAAAUCGGUCUUUUCGGUAAAACCGUUCCGAAAACAGUGCAAAACUUCGUGGAGCUUGCCAAGAAGCCAAAGGGUGAAGGGUACAAGGGCAGUGUGUUCCACAGAGUGAUCAAGGAUUUCAUGAUCCAAGGAGGAGACUUCACAAAGGGAGAUGGAACUGGAGGUCGUAGCAUCUAUGGGGAUCGCUUUGCAGAUGAGAAUUUCAAGCUGAAGCAUUAUGGUGCUGGUUGGUUGUCAAUGGCCAAUGCUGGCAAGGAUACCAAUGGAUCUCAAUUCUUCGUUACAGUUAAGCAAACUCCAUGGUUGGAUGGUAGACACGUUGUUUUUGGCAAAGUCAUCAAAGGAAUGGACAUAAUCCGCCAGAUUGAGCAGACAAGCACAGAUUCACGAGAUAGACCACAGAAGGAUGUUGUCAUCGCCGACUGUGGUACUGAAACUGUAGCAGAGCCAUUUAGCGUAUCUAAGGACGAUGCUAUUGAGUGAACAUAACGAUUUAUCGACAAUCUCGUUAUUCCGUAUGAUCCGUUUGUCUCAUGCGAAAUGAUCCUUUUAUGUUGCACGACUCCAACUUCUUUAAAAAAGAAUCAAUGGCAGCAACUAUAUAUAUAUAUUAACAGCUAUGAAUAGAAAAUUGUAAGGUGUCAGUGAGUCGAAUAAUUUGACUAUGAAGCUUUUACAUCACUACUAUAGCAAUAUAUGAAACAAAAAUGUUUCACAGGGUCAUGAAGCAUUAGAGCGGCAAUUGUGGAGACGAUUGUUUCUAUUCCAGUUACAAUUACCUAUAUUUACAUUGCACAAAAAAUUUUGUACGUCUGUAAACGAAUUUUUUACAUUCACAAAUAUAAGUUGUUUAAAAAAUA